AUUCAAAUAACAUCACACAGAAAUCAGAUCAGCUUUCGCUCAAUAAACUGAAUCAAUAUUUUCUACUUUUUCGCGACAAUGAAGUUUAUUGUACUAGUUAGCAUCGUAACAUUUUUUGCAGCCUUCUUUUCUCGAAGUUAUGCUGUGGAAAAGACUUACCUCGUAUCUCUGAGAAAAGCGGAAUUCCUCAAAAUUGUAGAUUGUAUAUCAAAGAGCCGAGAUCCAAUACUUUGCCAAAAGUAUGCUGUCUGUGAGAAAGAACUACCACCCAGGAUAUUUGCAGCGCAUCAAAAAUGCCAAAAGGAAUUGGUUGGAGCAGAAACCUUAAGAUGUCUUAUACACGCACCUCUGUUCAAGAGUCCAGAAAUACCUGCCAAGAUAUUUGACUGCAUUCUUCAUACAGUUAAGAAGUUGCAUCCCGUCGAAAAGCCAGCAAUGAUUAAGUUUGAGGAAUGUGCAAAGAAACUGAGUGAAGAAAGCUGCAAAGUGGUCGCAAGUCACGCUGCCCGUCAUCAUCUUCAUCACCAUUUACAUUGAAAGCAAACACUAAGAUAGCCUCUUUUUGUAAACACUUUAAAUUUUAACUUUGGUUGCAAAAGAGGUUAUAAUAAUCACGAAACCUAUUAUUAUGAUUAUGAAAACUCUUUUAAUAAUAAUAAAAAUAUUAUUUUGCUUUUGAUAACGACGAUGUUUUUAAUUAAUUUAAUAUAUUGGAUUUAUGUAUAUUAGACUUAAACCAAAGUCUCAAGAGCAAUUUUUUGCGUGUAGAUUGGAAAAUUUGAAUGAAUCAAUUUAAAUUUAAUUUGAUUGUGUAUUGCAGUCAUUAUCUCUAUCUCUCCCCCUCUCUUUUAAUCUAUUGCAAAACGAUUUUGGGGAAUCUUCUUUGUUUACCAUGUACUCACAUGUUUUUUGUUGUUGAAACCUUUUCUUUCUCUCCUUUUUUUCUCUCCCUCUCCGCCCCAUCUUUUAAUUUUGUGCAUUAAUUUCUUUUCCUAUUUUCGUUUAGCUUUUCUAUUUUGAUGCUUCUAUCCUUUUAGAUUUAAUCUCAAUUUCUGUGUAUGGUAAUCUUUCUCAUCGCUAUUUUUUUAUUCCCCUGGAUUUUUCUUUUUUCAGACAGAUCUUACUUGUUUUUCUUUUAUUUUCGUUUCUUUCUAUUUGAAUGCUCUUUCUUCAGUCUUUGAUUUACUUGCCUUUGAUUUUUCUCAUCUUUCAUUUUAUAUUACAAUGAACGGUUUCUCUUUGAUUUAUCUUCCUUCCGUUUCCAUCUCUUUGACUUGUGUGCGGUUUGCUUAAAAUUAUUUUUCUUAGUUGUAUUUACGUUCUGGUUUGUUUGGUCUUUAAUUCUCUUUGAUUUCCUGUUACUUGAAUGUUUUCCCUUUGAUCGGCUUUCCCUGGGUUUCAUUUUUGUUUUCCAGUAUCCAGUUGCCUUGAUUGUUCAGCUUUCUUGACUGAUUUAGUUUACCUUCUUCGCCCGAUCGGUUUAUUUCAUUUGAUCGCCUUUAAAGUGAUAUUUCGUCUCCGUUUCUGUUUCAUUUUCAUUCGCCUACAGUUUUCUCUUUGUUGAAUCUUUCUUUGACUUUGUUUAUUUUGAUUUCAAAUUGCCGAUGAAACAAUUUUCUUUUAGUUUCUUCGUUUUUUUUUAUUUAUUUAUUAAUUUUUUCAGGUUCUUUCCUUUCUGUUUCAGCAACUGUCUAGUAAAAAAACAGCAUUUUUACAUUUAUUAAUUUGCUAGGACAAACAAUAGGGUUUAGUUUCAGAAAUAACAAUUAAGAAAGUUUUCAAUUUUAGUUUUCAUAUUUAUUUCAAGAAAUGUCUCUCAAAGUUCUUUUAAUUGCCCUCUGUUAACUUUUCCCCAUUUUUUUCCUUUGAAUCCUUUCCCCGAUUUUUCUUUGUUAAUAUUAAUAUUUUCUUACCGUUGCUUUGACUAUCUUCAACAAAGUCUUUACUUGUGUACAAUAACGUUAAUAAAAAAAUUCAAAUAAGUUCUACUAAGUCUUUUAAUCAUUAGUUAAUUAAAAAAAAUAUUUUUUGAAAGAUAAUGUUAAGUUUUCUCCUUAAAAAUUUCUUUGUAAGAGUGUUUUCUUUUUAAUUCUGUCAAUAAAAAUGUGAUCAAACUGAA